AUGCCAGCAGCAACCGGUCAGUUCUCGGUUCCUCCUGGAUUUCGUUUCCAUCCCACCGAUGAGGAGCUACUUCAUUAUUAUUUGAGGAAGAAGGUCUCAUAUGAAGCCAUCGACCUGGAUGUUAUUAGGGAAGUGGAUCUCAACAAACUUGAACCUUGGGAUCUCAAAGAAAAAUGUAGAAUUGGAUCGGGUCCUCAGAAUGAGUGGUACUUCUUUAGCCACAAGGACAAGAAGUACCCAACAGGAACUCGGACAAAUCGGGCCACCUCAGCCGGAUUCUGGAAGGCGACUGGGAGGGACAAAGCCAUUCACCUUGGCAACUCCAAGAGAAUUGGCAUGAGAAAGACUCUGGUGUUUUACAUAGGCCGUGCUCCUCACGGCCAAAAGACAGAUUGGAUCAUGCAUGAGUAUCGUCUGGACGAUGAAAAUGCCGAGAUUCAGGAAGAUGGAUGGGUGGUCUGCAGGGUGUUCAAGAAGAAAAGUAACACUAAUCGGGGUUUCCAACCUGAUCAUGAACUCGAUCUUCGUGAUCAUGAAGAACAUGAGCAUUUGACUCCUCACAUGAAGCUGGCUGGCGUUUCCACGUCGUCGAUGAUGGAGCCAACAACAAGACAAAAUUCUCAACCUCUAUGCGACUACUCAUUAGUAGACUGUUCCAUGCAUCUCCCACAAUUACUAAGCCCUGACGUCGCCGAGUCGAUGUCCACGGUAGUUCGUCAUCAUUAUCACCAUCCCCAUCACCAUCCUCCUUCCUUCUUGCCAGUCCCCAGCUUGAACGCCGUGGUGGAGGAUCUGGACUGUAACUCUCAAAACUUACUAAGCUUGACAUCUGGAUCUGGCGGUUGUGGUGGAGGAUUACUCCAAUAUAACGAGGAAAAGUUCAGUAGCGAUUGGACAUUUUUGGACAAGCUUCUUGCAUCUCACCAAAGCUUCGAUCAACAAAGCAAAUGCUAUUCCUUCAUGUCUCAACCUGCUACUGCCGCUCAUCAUCAUCAUCAUCAUGUCGUUCCUUCAUCAGCUCAGAAACUUCCCCUCCCAAUAAUCCCAUUCCACCAUGUAGGCUCUGGACCUGAGUUCGUGAAGUUCUCCCACAAAUAG